AUGCCCCGAAGUGCACUCGCCUCAGCUCAAGCAAUUUUCCUUGUGCGCAAAAUCAACCCAGACCCCAAGACACGCCGUUACUCUCUCAACCCAACCAAAAGCAACCCAACCGAUCACGCCAGUUCCCCCCCGGCCUCCUCCUGCACUUUGCCACCAUUUCCCUAUUGCCCCCAGCUUCUCCCAAACCAGCCACGCCUCUGCCACCCUUUCCGCAAGAGCGUCCCCGUACUCUACACCCGUUUGCGCAAAAUCCUCCGCGCCCCUCCACACGCUCCCCCAAAUGCAUCAUCGCCCACAAGAGCAGCUCCUUUUCCUUUUCCCUUUCCCCUCCCACGCCCCUCUAGAAUCUCCCAUACCUCGAUCCUUUCAGCCAUGGCGGAGGCAGCGGCUCCCAAGUCAUACAGCCUAGAUGCUGUCAAGAAGCCCUUGAAGAGGGCACGCGCUAAUCGCCCCUCGAAGCUGCGUGCGAGCAUCACCCCAGGCACAGUGCUGAUCAUCCUCGCUGGCCGCGACAAGGGCAAGCGCGUCGUUUUCCUGAAGCAGCUCGAGUCCGGCCUUCUCCUCGUCACUGGUCCCUUCAAGGUGAACAGGGUCCCCCUGAGGAGAGUCAACCAGCGCUACGUCAUCGCCACGUCGACCAAGGUGGACGUGAGCGGCGUUGACGUGGCCAAGUUCGACGACGGCUACUUCGCGGGCGAGCAGAAGAAGAAGGAGAAGAAGAGCGAGGGCGAGUUCUUCGAGACCGAGAAGAAGGAGAAGAAGGUGGUGUCGCAGGCGAGGAAGGAUGACCAGGCGGCAGUUGACGAGAAGAUCCUGGCUGCGGUAAGCAGCGAGCCGCUGCUCAAGGAGUACCUCGCUGCUCGUUUCUCACUCACGUCGGGAGACAAGCCCCACCGCAUGCAGUUCUAG